GAGAGAGAAAGAGAGAGAGAGAGAGAGAGAGAAAACAAAAACCAUGCACGCUUUGUCAUUAUCAUCAGGACGUAGUGUGCACACAUUUUCUCAGAGGGCGCGUCCGAAAAAACGUCCCGGCGUAACCGGCUCAAUAGCCGCUCUUAGGUUUCUCUCUGGUGCUGGACACAUGUGUACUUUGACACCCAUAUUCAACCAUGAAAGUUUUAUUAACACAAGACGCCCAUAAAUUAUAAAAAACUUGUAAAUUGAAUUAUAUAUAAAUUUUCUAUAAUCAUAUUAACUGUGCCAGCGAUGCAUGAAAUACUUUAGAUUAGUCCGUUAACAUUCGCGCGCGUUUUUACCCUCGCCACAUGGACUCAUCGCUGUCCUCAUUGCACGUGUUCCCGCCGUUACGACGGUAGACCAAUCGACAGCCUAUUUCAACCACUACUUUGCCGUGUGACUAGCCCACGGAGCAAUUACGGUUCGCCGUGCCGUUACGAGUGGUUGUUCAUAUCGGAGUGACGGAUUGUGUUUAAUUGUUCGCCGUACAAUACGAAACCAAGAAGAAGCUAGCACGCUAUUUUGUCAAAAAUGGAUUCUGUUGCGGUCAAGCACAUGUUGUUGGACGAGAUCAGCUGCUCGCUGAAUACCGAGGAAUCUUCUCCACCUGAUAGUAAACAAAUACGUCUGCAAAAUACCUGCAAUAAUAAUCUGAACAAUAAUGUAUCUCAAAAUAGUGCAAGAUGGUCAUAUUCUGGAAAUACUAGUUUUGUAGAACCUGAAAUCUUGGAGGAUAUGGGUGUUAGUAUGUUGGAAGAUCCAGUAGCAAAUGAUGAAAGUACAAAACAAUUACAAUCUCAAGAUUGCAUAAUAUCACCUGUAAAAACAAAUAAUAAAAGAAGCAUAACAAACAAAACGUAUGAAAAUAAUGGCAUUGAAUGUCAUGGAGGAAUUCAUGUGAAUUCUAGUGUUGAUAAUGGAAUAUUAAAUAUGGAGAGAACAGAGUCAGAUUCAAACAUCUAUGAAUUAGCUGUAUUUAAUAGUACGGAUAGUAAAUCCAGCAACCUUUCAAGAUCAAGAGAAGAUUUUGUUAAAGAAAGUACAAACACCUCUAUUGAUAGUGUUGGUUCAGAUCAAUUUUGUUUAUAUAGGAGAAAAAAGAAACCUAUGAUCGUUGGUGAAAAUAAAUUUAAUGAGUUGUCAGAUGAGAUAAUUCUGAUGAUAUUAAAAUGGCUGCCUAAGAAAUGUUUGGUACGCUCUAUGUUGGUGUGCAGACGUUGGUAUCGAGUGGCUUGUGACGAAGCAUUAUGGACUAGAUUAGAUUUGGGUGGUAAAGUUUUAAGUGAAGGCACAUUAGGGUUCAUAUUACCACGAGGAGUACAAAUCCUAAGACUGGCACAAGCGGAAAUUGCGGAUCCUAUUUUUCAUGGAUCCAAUAUACAAUGCGAUUAUAUUAGAGAUUUUUAUGUCAGUAGAUUACAAUAUUUAGAUUUGUCUAUGGCAGUUAUAUCGCCAAACGGUUUAGCCACAUUAUUGUCUAAAUGUAGAUCAUUGAAAAAUUUGUCACUGGAAAAGUGUAUAGUAAAUAGGGCUUGCUUUAAAGAAAUCCAACAAAACACAGAGUUAGAAAUUUUGAAUCUAACAAUGUGUGAAGAUAUUGAUGCUGGAUGUAUUAUGGAUUUAGCAAAACUUAGAUGUUUAACUGCCCUCAAUAUAGCAUGGUGUUGCUUGGAUAGCGAGAGUGUGUCUGUACUUUGUAGAACAUUGCCAUCAUCUAUUAAACGUAUAAAUAUAGCUGGCUGUAGAAAAACAAUGAAUGAUAACAACGUGAAAGACUUACUGAGACGAUGUCCAGACAUCAUAGAAUUAGAUUUGAGUGAUUGUGCUAUACUCACGAUAAGCAGCAUUCAUACUUUAUUAAAUUUCUCCAAGUUGGAACACUUGUCAUUGAGUCGUUGUUACAGUAUUCCACAGACAGCAUACACAAGAUUAGCUCAGAUGCCGUCUUUAUUAUAUUUAGAUGUUUUUGGCUUAAUGACAGAUACGAUACUCAAGUCACUGCGGGAUGAUUAUCGCAAACUCGAAAUUAACAAAUUUUACUACAGUUCAGUUGCGAGGCCAACAGUAGGUAUUCGAAGAACCAGUAUAUGGAGUCAACGUGUUAGAGACUGAAUGUAAUAUGUGUUACCUGUCAUAAAUUUGCAACAAAUUGUGGAAAUGAAGUUGACCAAAGGGAAACUGAUUUGUAUAUGUGUGUGUAUGUGUGUGUGUGUGUGUGUACAUGUAUGUAUGUAUGUAUAGACUGAGUAUCAAUAAUGCUAAAUCGAAAUCGUAACGUAUUUUUGAAAAGCGAUUUGUACUUGUUUGAGGUAACACAUCUAAUUCCACCAAGAAUUUAGUAAUUAACCGUUGCUCAAUUCAAAUAUUUAAAAGUUUUUGUAUAUACUAUUCCUAGCGGUGCGCUAUGCUGAUACUUAAUGUAUCUAAUUAGGGCUGUGCGAGACUGUCUUCUUUACAAAGGUAGCUUCCAAUUAUGAUAUUUAUAUGGAACUUUAUCAAUCAUAUUACAUUCUAUGUACAAUUUUUACCAGAAAAGAUCUCAAAAAAAAUGGUACGUAAAAUGUUUAGUUAUAUGUAUAUU